GUGGGAGCCCCAGUGAUAGGGGGCUAGGGACUGACAAAGAGGGGAAAGAAACAAAGAGAGACACAGAGACUCAGAAAGUGAGAGUUAGACACAUAGAUAGACAGGGAGAGACAGAGAGACAGAGACAGGGAGAGUCAGAGACAGAGCAAGUCAGAGACACGGAGACACAGAAGCAAUGAGGCAGAGAGAGAAAGAUCCCCUGCCUCCCAAGGCAGAGACAAUCAACAGAGACAGAGACAGAGCGAGAGACGCACAGAGAAAAGGAGAGACACGGAAUUGCAAAGGGGCACCCAAAGGGACACAGAGGCGGAGAGAGAGAGACCCAGGGAGACAGAGGUAACUACGGGGGAGAAAGAUGAAGCAGUGGGGGAGAGCGUGGAGGGCGAGAGAGGGAAAGGAGACGGAGACAUGGAGAAAUCCGGAGAAGAGAAAGUUGGGGAGAGUUCGGAGAGGGGGCUGGGCGGGCGCGCGGGAACCUACCAGGCGGGGCGCCGGGAUCCCCACCAGCUCCGCCCCGGAAAGCCGGGCUUCCGGAUUUGCUAUAAAGCGCGGCACACUCGGCUCCGGCUCCAGCCCCUCGCCUCCCGCCAUGCGCUCUAGCACCGACGCCAACCCGGACCCAGAGGCCCAGCGGCCGCCCGCGUCCCCCGGGCGCGGCUGCCACCCGCUGCCGUGGGCGCUGAGCGCCGCGCUGCUGCUGUUCGCCGGCGCCUGUGCCGCCUGCGUGAUCCGCGCCUGGGUUGUGCCCGGGGAUCCCGCCUUGGCCGGCCCCAGCCCGGGCCCCGCGCCCAGCUCGAGACUCCCCGAGGUUCCCGAGCUGCCGCCCGACGCCAGCGCUCGCCUCCCCGACUCGCCGCAGGGCGUGUUCGCGCAGCUGGUGGCCCAAGAUGUGCAGCUGACGGAAGGGCCCCUGCCCUGGUUCAGCCACCCAGGCGUGGCAGGCGUGUCCCUGGCACCUGGCCUGAGCUACGAUGAGAACGCGAGAGAGCUGGUGGUGGCCGAGGCCGGCGUCUAUUACGUCUUCUUGCGCGUCGAACUGCGGCGUGUGGUGGCCGUUGCCGGCUCUGGCUCCGUCUCCAUUGACCUGCGCCUGCAGCCACUGAGCACUGGGGCUGCCGCCCUGGCCAUGACUUUGGACCUGCCACCUGCCUUUUCACCUCCCUCCUCGGAGGAGGCCCCGGACUCGCGGGUGGUUGGUUUCCGAGGCAGUCUGUUGCACCUGGGCGCCGGCCAGCGCCUGGGCGUCCACCUGCGCCCGGGGCCCGGGGCACACCCUGCCUGGCAGCUUGCACGGACCAACACGGUCUUGGGCCUCUUCCGCGUGGCCACCAAAGUCCCCGCUGGACUCCCCUUUCAGCUGCCCACGUGACGCCGAGCCUGGAUGCCACCCCCUGGACGGAGACUGAAUCCUGCCUGCCUGCCUUGGUUGAGGCCCCUGGAGAUGGGGCCCAGCUAGUCUACCUCACCGGGCUGGGCAGGGGUCCCUGCUGCUCACCGCCUCCUCGAGGACUCUCCAGAUCACUUUAUCACCCCCGCUACUGGGCAAACUCUUGGUAUUUAUUCUGAGCCUCAGCUCAGACUGUACUUUAUAUUAAUUUCUUCAAUUAUAUUUAUUGAGCUUCUGCCACAUGCCAGGCACUGUGCAGGGCUAGAGAAAUAUCAGCAAACAAAUCAGACCUCCUCCCCCCAAAAUCCUUAUUUAUGUUAAUAUAUGAGAAAUAAAGACUCAUCGCCAGACCCCCUAUGGGAUUCAUGGGGUGAACUUUUGGGGGUCCGUGUAGCUCUAUGCUGUGUGAGCUUCAUUCAUUCAGGCAACUUUUACUGAGCAGCUACUGUGUACCAGGCACUGUUUUAGGUGUUGGGGACACAGCCGUGUACAAGAGAGACAAAACCCCCAGCUUUUGCCAAACUGACAGUCAAGUACACUGGCUUGACACUAUGAAGUAGGUGACCCCAUGUGGCUUUGCCAGAUGGGAGAGCAUGAGAUAGUGCAAGGUACUGGAUAAUAAAAUAUUUAUAAACUUAA